AUUACUCCAAAGUUUAGUAGUAGGUCAUACAACUCGAGUAUCCAGAGGAGAGAGAAAAGGAUGACAGAGAUUUAGAACCAUUGUGAGCCAAACAAGCCAAUUACCCUCCAUUUUCCAAAAAUCCCCAUAAUUUAUAUUCCCAGAAUACCAAAUCUUUCGUUACCAAAAAGGAUAUUUUGGUUUUGUUGGAAUAAUUUUGCUGUUAUCCUAUUUUCUAACAAUUUCCUCCAUUAAAUUCUUCUUCUCAAUCUCCUUUUUUCUUUAUUUUCUUUUUCAAUUUCCCUUCUUCAUUUUCUGGGUUCACGAACCCUAACCCUUCAAUCUUCCAUUCUUCCUUUAAUUCCCGUCUUUUUGUUAAUUUUAAUUUUCUGGGUAUUGAUUUUUGAUUAAUUAGAGAAUAAAUAUAUUUUGAAAUUAGAGAAUAAAUAAAUUUCGAAAUUAGGGUUUUAAUUUUUUGGGGGAAAUCAAAAUUAGGGAUUUAGAAAGGGCUGAAUGAUCAAUUAAAGGAUGAAGAGGUUUUGGGGUGUUUUUGUAGUUGUAUUGGUGUUCGGCGGCAUAAUUUACGGCGACUCGGCUAGGGUUUCUGAGCUGGGUUAUUGCCCUGCCGCUUCGAUUACUGAUGCGAUCUUAGGGUUUCCUGAUUCCAUUUGCGAUCUUCGUCAUUCCUACAAUAUUGCUGUUAUUGAGGGAGAUGAAGCAUCAUUGCAAAGAGCGCUGCAUUUGGUGUACAGCCUCAACCAGGACUAUGUAGCUGUUCUGUUUUAUGCUUCAUGGUGCCAGUUCUCAAGGAACUUCAGACCAAGCUAUUCAACUCUGUCUUCCUUAUAUCCAUCUAUUCCUCAUUUUGCAAUCGAAGAAUCGGCAAUCAGACCAAGCAUACUGUCAAAAUAUGGAGUUCAUGGCUUUCCUACUCUUUUUCUUCUGAAUUCUACCGUGCGCGUUCGUUAUCGUGGUUCUCGUAGUCUUGGUUCCCUUGUUGCUUUCUAUAGUGAUGUCACUGGCAUAAAAAGUGACCCUAGAGAUAGGUUACCACUUGAGAAAAUCGAAGAUUUAUCUAAACGUGCAAGCAACGACAACAUUGAGCCAGAAAAUUGCCCGUUCUCUUGGGCAAGAUCUCCAGAGAACCUUCUUCGACAAGAAACCUAUUUGGCUUUAGCCACCACAUUUGUGCUCCUGAGGUUGCUGUACCUCAUCUUCCCGUGUCUACUUGAGUUUUCCCGUUCUACUUGGAGGAGUUACGUACAACAUGUGAGAAUAAGGCCGUUAUGGGAGCACCCUAUGCGUUACCUUAACAAAACAAAACAGUUGUUCAAUUUUGUGAAAGAUCCUUGUAAGGGAACCAACUUUCAAGGUGGUGCUAUAAACGCGAGGGCAUGGGCAUCAAAGUCGCUAGCUUCUGCAGUUGCAAUUGGUGACGCGAGUACCAGCCGAGGUGGUGGGACGAUCAGUGGUAGUCAAUAACGUGGUAUUUUGAUUUUGAUUUCUCAGUUUUUUUUUCUUUUUAAAUUUGUAUUUUGAUGAUUCCUCUAGUGGUUCAACAAAGCAUAGUAACCAACCUUUGAGGGUGAUGGGAGUUGUUGUUUGGGAGAUUUCUCAUUGAAAGAUGUAGGAAGUCUUCUUCUUUUUCCGUGUUCCAUUGUAAUGAAUGACGUAAUCGGAGAUCGGGGAUAAGAAGUGGCAUAAUACCCCCAUAUGUGAAUAGUUCAACACAGAAUAUUAAGAGUGUCAAUUUCUUGUA